AUGUGCACCUAUCAAUAUAUGGACUACAGCUGUGGCCACAGGAGGACCAUCGUCGCAGAGUGGUGUGGCAGGUAUAGGAAUACCCUCCAGUCGCACAUCCGAUGUCGGCCAGAGAUACCCUACUAUACCAGGAACGACCAAAUAUGCUCUCAUUGCCACGAGCAACUAAACCCAAGGACUGUCCCAUGGAUGCCCUCGCGUGAGGCGCGUGGCGGUUCUCGCAGCCCUCCUAGGGGCUUUUGA